UUCCCAGGGCUGGUGGUUUCAUUUUGCUGUCGUUGGUGGUGUUGGUGUGGAUGUUACAGGCCAGAGUGGACCUUCAGGAGGAAAGGCAGUACCACCAAGGCCUGCUAAAGCUGUACCUGAAAAACAAGAUGAAGAUGUCUCAACUGAAGUAGGAGAGGGUGUAGAUGAAUGCACGGCAGCAAAGACUUUAGUCAAACCGCCAGAUCAACUCGAGCUUACUGAAGCUGAAUUAAAAGAGGAAUUUACACGCAUGCUGACGGCUAAUAAUCCCCAUGCUCCUCGGAAUAUUGUCAGAUACAGCUUUAAGGAAGGAGUAUACAAGCCAGUAAGCUAUGUGGAUCAAAUGGCCAUUCACUUCUCUUUGAAUGGAAACAUGAUACUCAAAGAUUCAGAUGAAGGCAGACGGCAGAGUAUCAGAUUAAGCACUGAAGCAGAAAAGGCUCCUGUUGAGACUUCUGCAGUAGCAUCUGAAGAGGCAGAGGUUAAAGAUGAAGAAAGCAUAGAAGAUACUCAGGCUGCAGGAGAGGAAGAGGCAGAGGAGUCAGGAGCAGCAGAAGUAUCUGAGGCAGCAGAGGGAGAAGAGCCUCAUCCCCCAAGAGUGAAGGACCAGAAGCUUGCAAACCAGUUCAACUUCAUUGAGAGAGCUUCAAGGACGCUCAACAACCCUAUGCGGGAAAGAGCGUGUCAAUCGGAGCCUACACCUCGCAAAAAUUUCUCAGCCACUGCUAACCAGUGGGAGAUCUAUGAUGCCUAUGUGGAGGAGCUUCAGAAAAUUGAAAGGUCAAAAGAGAAAGAAAAACCAAAAGCCCAGGUUGCAAAGAGAGAAGAGGAGAAGAAGAAGGGAAGAAAGUUAACGUCUCUGGAGUCACAGAGUGAUGAUAUAGCCAAGAUCACAAAGGCUGCUAAAAUAAUGGAGCGUAUGGUGAAUCAGAACACAUUUGAGGACAUUGCAGAAGAUUUUAAAUAUUUUGAGGAUGCCUCAGAUGAAUAUAGAGACCAGCAAGGAACCCUCCUCCCACUCUGGAAGUUCCAGUAUGACAAAACCAAGAGACUUGCAGUUACUGCCAUCUCCUGGAAUCCAAAGUACAAGGACCUAUUUGCGGUGGGAUAUGGCUCUUAUGACUUCAUGAAGCAGGGCCACGGUAUGCUCCUCCUCUACACCAUGAAGAACCCCUCCUUCCCAGAGUAUGUCUUCAGCAGUGAGAGUGGCAUCAUGUGUCUGGACUUCCAUAAUGACCACCCCUACCUCGUGGCAGUGGGCUUCUAUGAUGGUAGUGUGGCCAUCUACAACCUGAAGAAGACAACCUCCCAGCCCAGCUACAAGAGUAGUGCUAACUCAGGAAAGCACACGGAGCCAGUGUGGCAG